UCUAAGUAAACAUGCCCAUACUUUUCCUUCCAGGUGGUCUUGUGUUUCGAUGUGGAAACCCUCAGUUCUGGGUCUUUACUGACAAGAGGUGUAACAACUUCAAUGACUGUGGGGACUGCUCUGAUGAGAUUGGGCCUUGUGAGUUGUAUUAUUCAAAUUUCAGACUUAAGACACAUGGGCUAUGGAAACUGGUUUCAACCUGCUUUUAUUUGUUUCAAUGCUUUAAAAAGGGAGUAGAGCGAAGGAACCCUUAUCGCUCAUAUGCUGGCUGUGCCCCCUGUGGUGUGUACUGGUGGCCCUGCAUACCAGUGGACUUCCAGUACUGUCCCUGCAUUCCUCGCUGUCUGUGCCGUGAUGGACGCCAGCACUGCUACGACUGGUCUGACGAGUACACCUGCCCCAAAAGUUUAACCUGCUGGACUAAGAGGAAGAUGGAGAACUGUACAGAGGCAGGAGCCACAUACACGCACACAAACAAUGCGCUCAUUCCUGUUACCCAGCGAGAUCUGCAUGGAGGAAUGGGCCAAAAUACCAGCAACAGUGUGAAAACCUUGUGAAGACCUCUGUCAUUGCCAACAAUGGGUAUAUAAUAAAAUAUUGAGAUAAACUUUUGUUAUUGACCAAAUACUUAUU